AGUCAAACUAGAACUUGUUGCACUACGCGCUCCGAACUUUCGAAUUCACUCCCGAACGAAUACUUCGAGAUACAAUGUUUAACAAGAAGAUUGUUGUUGCUAUCGCCGUGGUGUUGGCCAUGUUCUGCCUCGCUGAGGCUCGUGAGGAAGGACCUCAUGAAAUGGCUGAUGCUCUACGCAUGCUUCAAGAGUUGGAUCGUCUCUACACCCAAGCUGCUAGACCAAGGAUUGACCGCCGCGACGUUGCGGAUGGGGACCGUGUCGACCCAGACCUAUUAGACCGUGCCGUGCGGCUCCUCCAGCUGCAGAAACUAGACCGCAUUUACUCCUACCACACCCGACCAAGGUUUGGUAAGCGCUCUGAUGCCUUCUCGAACUGGGCUAAGGACCUGGAAAAGCCGGACAUACCAGCGUGGCUGGCCUACGCCAGGAGAUGAGGGGCGCAACGUCAAGGAGUUCACUAAAUUAACAAUGUAAUCAUAUGCAGCACUAAAUGGUUUACAAUAGCUACUUUUUCGUUAUUUUAUCACGCUUUAGUCCACUAGUUAUUUUUUGGAAUAAAACUUUACCAAUUUGUGUUCAAUAUUCAUUUCAAAGAAAUUUAACUUCAGUAUUUCUUAUAUAUAAGUAUUAUCCCUUGGAAUAGGUAUAUAAAAUCAUAUUGUAUAUCGAUAGAUAUAAUUAGUUAAUGACAUUAAUUGUACCAUUUCAAUUAAUCAUUAUAAUGUUAUAAAUACAUGCAAUUGAUAAAACGUAAUAUUAA